AUGGCUACCGUCAAGGAGCAACCUUCCUUCGACACCAGCACGAACGUCCUCACCAUCACACGCCCAGCCCCGAGUCGACAACCCUCAACGCAAUCCAUCGACGCCCGUUCACCCCUCGAAGAUGCCGACUCGGCUCAUUUUUUGACAACGUCAAGAACAGUUCACUCGGAGAAAUCCGCCAUCAUGCCUCAAGGCGCAACCUUCAAUGACUCGAAGGCGGAAAUCAUCGAGACGAAAUCUUGCCCCAUGUCCGAUCUGGAAGCCGGUCUAAUGGAAACAGCCACCCGGGGAAGUGCAGACAGGAUCCUCAAGAAGAAAUGUAAUGAAGGCGAUGACCCCUGGCCAUGCCCACGAGCCUUGAAACGCCAGCGCAAGGCGGCUAAGCGUAGCAAGGCAUGCUGUGCGUGCUGGGGAGAUCUGGGGAAGAGGCAGAAGCUUACCGUCAAGGUCGUGUCAGGUGUAGCCAUCGUCGCCAUUAUUGUCGUGAUGUGCAUCUUGAUUAGCAAGGCUGUUGGCGGCGGUGUUUGGAGCAAGGGCCAAACUCAAGCUCCCAUCAAGGGCACAUGA